AUAGGUUUGCACACAGUGUCUGCAACCUGCAGUGGAUAGGUGCUCACAAGAUGUCUGUAGUUGAAUUUCAUGCUAGUAAACUGUAAAGCAAUCCUCAUGAGCUGGGAAGCCAGCAGCAGCACCCAGGAGUCCUGGGCUUUCUCUGCUGUAGGUUGAGUCCUGGCCUAGGCUUACUGCCUCCUAGUUCCACGCAACUUUCCUCUCUGGUGCAGCCAGAGUAGGGAGAAAUUUCCCUUCCCCACCUGCUCUCCCUUAUUCUCUGCAGUGGCCCUGCCACUAGUCCCCUAAUGUGUGCCCUGUGUUUCCCACCUUACAAGGGGAGUAAGUGGAAAAUUUGGGUUCCAGAUAAUGGACAGACCAGCUACUUUGGGGGUUGGUGCAAAAUACCUCUGACAUUGCAUUCAUAUGGUGGGUUUGCUUAAUAACACAACUCAAACCUUCUCUCUCUUUAAUUGCUCUCUUUUUCUUUUAAAGUUUAAGCUCAUAUCCCAGGCAUAUGAAGUGCUUUCAGAUCCAAAGAAAAGGGAUAUUUAUGACCAGGGCGGCGAGCAGGCGAUCAAGGAGGGAGGCUUGGGCGGCCCCAGCUUCUCUUCCCCCAUGGACAUCUUCGACAUGUUCUUCGGUGGUGGAGGGCGGAUGGCUAGAGAGAGAAGAGGCAAGAAUGUUGUACAUCAGUUGUCUGUAACUCUUGAAGAUUUAUAUAAUGGAGUCACAAAGAAAUUGGCCCUCCAGAAAAAUAUAAUUUGUGAGAAAUGUGAAGGUGUUGGAGGAAAGAAGGGCUCUGUGGAGAAGUGCCCGCUGUGCAAGGGCCGGGGGAUGCAGAUCCACAUCCAGCAGAUCGGGCCGGGCAUGGUUCAGCAGAUUCAGACUGUGUGCAUCGAGUGCAAGGGCCAGGGCGAGCGCAUCAACCCCAAGGACCGCUGCGAAAACUGCAGUGGCGCCAAGGUGACCCGGGAGAAGAAGAUUAUCGAGGUGCACGUUGAGAAAGGUAUGAAGGAUGGGCAAAAGAUACUGUUUCAUGGAGAAGGCGAUCAGGAGCCUGAGCUGGAGCCUGGUGAUGUCAUAAUUGUGCUUGAUCAGAAGGAUCAUAGUGUCUUUCAGAGACGAGGCAAUGACUUGGUCAUGAAAAUGAAAAUUCAGCUUUCUGAGGCCCUUUGUGGCUUCAAGAAGACGAUAAAUACCCUGGAUGACCGAGUCCUUGUUAUUACAUCCAAAUCAGGUGAGGUGAUCAAGCACGGGGACCUGAAAUGUGUGCGUAACGAAGGAAUGCCCAUCUACAAAUCACCCCUGGAGAAAGGCAGUCUGGUCAUUCAGUUCCUAGUCAUCUUUCCUGAAAACCACUGGCUUCCCCUAGACAAGCUGCCUCAGCUAGAAGCUUUACUCCCUCCUCGGCAGAGCGUGAGGAUCACAGACGACAUGGAUCAAGUGGAGCUCCAGGAGUUCAACCCCAGCGAUCAGAGCUGGCGCCAGCACCGGGAGGCCUACGAGGAAGACGAGGAUGGGCCCCGGGCUGGGGUGCAGUGCCAGACGGCGUGACGUGGCCCUGGUGCCCACGCAUGUGAACGUAAGGUGGCACAGUGAAAGUGGCCUCGCUUUAACAGCCUGUCAGGUGUCCUGUGUACGUGUUCAGCAUUCUCAAUUGCUGAGUGUCCUUUGGGUUUUCUUUUGGUUGUAACCUAAGUUAUAGCUUAAUUUAUAUUUAAAUGUUUUAAAUGUAAACCACUUCUAGUCUGCAUAUGGAAUCUGUUUAUUUACAUGUUCAGGAUCCAUUGGAGGUGCCAGUGACCGCACAGACAUGUUGUGCUUGCAGUGGCUUUGCUGUAAUUCAGUCCCACCAAUAAAGCACAGCCCAGAAUGCAGCCCUCUGCCCCCAGCUGACCUCCAGGCACCUGGCCCAUCUCUGGUCUGAGUUUCUCUCCCCUCCCUUCACGGUCCAGGUGCUGAGGGCAUGAUCUCAGGGCUGGUAACGUGAGUCUAGAUUCUAGCUGGUCCGCCUAGAGAAUAAAAGCACAUCUGGGGACUAGAGUUGGCUGCAGCACCUGGGUUACGCUGACUGGGCUGCAGGGCCAAUUUUGUUCUAGUAUUCUGUACCCGAGUGAAUGGAAUGGAGAGUGAGUGUGUCUGACCACCUCUCUUGGAAGCUUCCUGAACCUUCCAAGCUUCAUGAAGACAAACCUGUUUUAAAUGAAAUGCUGAUGUAACUGUUUGCCUGUGCCCCCCGCACCUUGUUCUUUGUGUUUUAAUGAUUUUCUGUUGACAACUUUCGCAAUGCUUUCCCACCAAAGUGCUUACCUGUAAAGAAAAUGAAAUCACCUGUGUCCCCAGCAGCUUCAGUGCAGCCACUGAAGCUGUGGGAGAAUGUGGGUAGUAGGCCCCAGGGCACAGCCCGCUUCCUGGAUGACUUGAGGAUCUGGAGAGGUACAGGAUGUGUUUUCCACCUCAAUCUCCCAGACUCAGCCCCCUUCCAAAGGAUUGCACCUCUCACUGCACAGCCAUAAAUAAGGGCUUCCUGCUCGUGACAAUGUCUGUGAGACCUGCACUGACUGCUGCCGUCUGUGUGGAUGCUCACUGUGAAUGACAGCUUGUUGGGAGGGAUGUCAGUCAUUUCACUCCUGACAGGUAGACUACACUUUAAAUUUCGUGUUACCUCAAUAUUUAGCUAUUACUGAUCCUCUCCUUCCCAAAACAGUCCUGAAGGAAAAAACUACCUUCUCAGCUGCUGGGUUAAAGCAGAGGUCACUGUCACAUCCACCCUGACUUGGCCAUGCAGCACCUGUGGGUGUGGCUCAGGCCAGGACCUCCCCUGGGAGGUCCUCCCCAAUUUGCUCAAAAUGGGUAUAGAAGAGCCCACCUGAGCCACUGUGAUCACUGGUCAGGACAGACAUAAAACCUAUUCUUCCAGCCAAGCCCAUGUGAACAUCAAUUUAUAAAUGGUCCACAACUGCAGGGUGUCCUGUUUCUGUGCUGUCACUUCCUAAUGAAUUAUUGCUAGAAGACUGUCUAGUUGAUGACGGGGCAAAAUUACAUCCAGCUCCUUCCUUGUCAAGUAAAUGGAAUUUGGAGGGUGUUGCUUAAAAUUUAUUCCACCUGUACAUUUGUCACUUUAAAAUUAAAGUUGAGCUGGUAUGACAGACAAA